GGAUAGCCAUACCAACUACCGAGAACAAGAAAACGUUAAACUAACUCUCUGCAAGUCUUGCGUUUCUAUCCUUAUUACCAAUUACAUGUAAUUUUCACAGGAAUCACCGCCAUGAUUAAAACUAUAGGGAACAAGCUGUAAAACUAAAAGAGUCACUGAACAAAUGUGCCAGAAUUAGCUCUUUCCCCUUCACCUUCACCUUCACCUUCUUCUUCUUCAAUUCACUUGACCAGCCAAAAGAAAUUUCUCCAGAUGGUAUUAAGCUAACAUCAAUGGCAACCAUAUUCUGUAAUCUUAGCCUUGGUUCUGGCUUUGAGAAGCUAAAUGAAUUCCAUCAAAGCCGAAGAAUCUUCAAAAGGAAAGUGGGGUUUUUUGUUUCUUUCUGUCUUUGUUUUUAUUUAUUUAUUUUCAACAAAAUAUUGUUCUGUGUUUGAGGUUGAAUUUCGAUUAUUAGUUCCAAGACUAGCUAGGCAUUAAGUUAAAAAUAUCUAUGUUCACAUAUUAUUCAUGGUGAGUUGAUAAUGGUGGUAUUUCAUUUUCAACUGUGGAUACUGGUAAAGAAUUUUUUUUGGCACAUAUGUAUAGAGCUUGAGCUAUGAAAACAAUUCCCUACUGAUAACUCUGUCUUUACAUAGAAAUCCAAUGGCCAACGAAAACUUGUUUAAAUAGUUUAUUUGGAAACCCACUCACUGUAUUAGACAAAUGCUCCCAGGAAAUAUCUUGAUAGCUUUGCCUUUUCAUUUCACACUCAACAAUAUUAGCAAAAUGAAACUUUUUAGAUAUGGUUUGUUGUGCUCAAGAACAAUUUAAUAGCAGGAGAUUGCAGUCAAAUUUUCCAUGCAUGUGUUGAAUGAUUUAAAAUAGAUUAGUAAAACUCUAAAAACAAUGACACCUGAACCAUUGAAUAACUAGACUGAAACAUGAUAGGAGUGAAGGCAAUUGAAUGAUUUUCCUUGCUUGGGAUGGAUAAUGAAGAGAAAGAAAUGGAUGUAAGGCCUAACUUUUGUAGAAUAAUUUGUAAACAAACAUCUUUCAGGUCUUACUUGGACUCCAAAAGUUCUUCAUGUUCUGAUACUCAAAAUCGUCUCCACAAGACUUGUAAUAGACAAUUGAAAGCAAAGCAGUGGAAUCGUAGUUCACGGUCUUUUGUCAACAAUCAGGAAGAUCACUCCAAAACCCUUGUAGAAGAGGAUAUUUCUAAGGCAACCUUGAUAUGGAGGGCAAUAAAGUUACCAAUAUACUCUGUUGCAUUAGUUCCUCUCACGGUAGGUAGUGCAGCUGCUCUUUUGCAGACGGGCCUAUUUUCAGCUGGUCGUUAUUUUCUUCUUUUUGUUUCCUCCGUUUUUAUUAUUGCAUGGUUAAAUUUAAGCAAUGAUGUUUACGAUUUCGAUACAGGAGCAGACAAAAACAAAAAAGAGUCAGUUGUGAACCUCGUUGGCAGCCGUACAGGAACCCUUGUAGCUGCCUACUUGUUACUUGCUCUGGGCUUCAUUUUGCUAACCUGGACAUCCAUUCAGGCAGGAAGUAACCGUGCUAUACUAUUACUCACAUGCGCAACCGCAUGUGGCUAUAUAUAUCAGUGUCCACCAUUCCGAUUAAGUUAUCAAGGACUGGGAGAGCCUUUGUGUUUUGCAGCGUUUGGGCCAUUUGCUACUUCAGCCUUUUACUUGCUUCAGGGCCCUACAAGUGACAUUAGUCAUCCAUUAAUUUUAUCAUCAUCAUUCCUUGUUGGGAUCACAACAACAUUAAUCCUCUUUUGUAGUCAUUUUCAUCAGAUUGAAGGAGACAAGGCUGUUGGGAAGAUGUCUCCGCUGGUUAGGAUUGGAACCGAAAGAGGUGCAAAGGUAGUCAAGCUGGCAACCAUCGCACUUUAUGUUCUUCCACUCGCUCUUGGUCUAUGUAGAGUUCUCCCUUUUACUUGCAUUCUCCUCUGUGCCCUGACCUUACCCUUAGCAAAAAUAGUGGUUAGCUAUGUUGAAGAAAACCACAAGGACAAUGAUAAGAUUUUCAUGGCAAAGUAUUACUGCGUGAGACUUCAUGCACUAUUUGGGGCUGCAUUGGCUGCUGGACUUGUAUUGGCUAGAAUGCUUCCUAAAAGAUACAUCCCAACAAUUCUAUCAGCAUAAAUAAGAGUUUUAUGUGUAAACAUUUUGUCUUUCUAUUGAUUGAUUAGCAAACAAAAUAAGAUCAUAAUAUAUGCAGGCAAGGUGCAUAGUUGAAAUAAUA